GCUUUUUUUAAUUCUGAUUAUUAGGGCCUGAAGAGGUGCCAUGAGGCACAUAGGCUGCAGUAGCAUCUGACUACGUAUUUCACAAUUCUUGUAUUUUUAUGCCAGCAGAAACAAGCACCAGCCACCAGCAAGGGAGAUGAGUUCAGAUUGUCAGAGGGUUGUUUCCAUGAAAAUUCCUGAAGUGAGAGCAGUAACAUAGUGGAUUUGAUGUUCUGUCUGUAGCAGUAGUUGCUCUUCUAUGCUUUCACCAUGCAUUUCUUAGGAGAUGCUCUUGACCAUGUGAGCCUGGUCAAGUAUUUACUUUCACAUAAGUAAGGAGAUUUAACACCUCCUCUUGCAGGCCCUGGUAUUUCAGGGAUUGUUUAUCUUCUUUCACUGUUUCUCCUUCAGGCUUUCUGCUGACAAGUGGUGUUAGCAGCUUCUUGGAGGUCAGGUCCUUGCAGGAGAUGGCUUGCAAUCUGCAUGUGAUUAAAUAUGAAUAAUCCUUUCCCUGCUCAGCAAGGUAAGCACUGCUGUGAAUCCCACUGAGGCUGAUGCAAAUGAAGCAUAUGGGGUGGUAUUUUCUCAGACAGGAUGAGGUUGUGCACAGGCCUUGAUGAUUUGGGAAUCUAUAAGAGGCAGUGAUUAUUGUAAAGGUAAUCAUGGCCUCACACCAUAGGGUGUACGUGCCUGCAGGCAGAUGUGAAAGCCAUGAUAAUUUAAUGGAAAGGUGUGAGGAGUUGCAGAGGUUAAUCAGAAAUCCAAAUGCAUUUGUUUGUUAUGUUUGAAAGAAUUUAUUUUAUCGUUAUCAUUAUAAUAAUGCUAACCUGACCAUGACUAGCUGCUCUGUAUUUCUGACUGGGACUGUCUCUUCCUUCCCUUCACAUUAAUUUCUCCCCCUCCUUUACUUCCCUGUGUUAGAGGAAGGGCACCUUAGCCUUGGCAUGAGACCACUCUGUGCCUAUUUUAACUCUGUUGUGAAACCACAAACAGUUCUGAUUACACCUGGGGGCGAGUUCUGCAAUGCAAGUAUGUUUGCUUUUAACCCUAGCAGAAUAAAGGUGCUUCAGUUUUCCAAAGGAUUUUUCUGCUGGUGGUUCAGCCGUGAAGCCAGGGCUGUGUAGCUGCAGAGUGAGCUUUUGGAUGGGGCUGGCAGCUGCCAGAUUGCUGAGUCUCAUUAUGCAAAAACUAUGUCACAAAGCACACAGAGAGCAAGUCUGGACAGAAGCAUAUCUUAUGCAUAUCUGGGGGUGACAUCUUGCACAAAAUGUUCGCUCUUUUGAAUAAUGUGGUUGCUCCAGGUGUAAGGGAGAGCACAGUUCUGGAGUACAGCUCCAGUGUUCCCUGGUUUCUGCGAAAUCCUGGAUGGAAAUGAAAACACCUUGGUGUCUUUCCUCACAUCCUGUAAAUACAGCUUUUGGACAUAAACUAGACCAGGGCAGUCUUCCUCUGUCUGCAGAUAAAGUAAAAACACAUCCUGGUGCAACUUGCACAGCCCGAUUAUUGAGGAGCAAUACAUAAUACAACCCCAAAAUAAACAAAACAAAAACAACAACAACCCAACAAAAGCACCAACCAACCCCAGCUAAGCGCAGAGUGUCAUUGCACUCACAGCAGCCUUUUGAGAAUGUUUGUUUCUUUUUCGCCUGCAUUGGGCGUUCACACGCACUUCCUACCCCGGGAGUUCCUGGUCUCCGUUCCCCACUGAAACAGAAAGGAUUCAAGCCAAGGGCCUGAGAUGAGGAAGCCCUCCCCUUUCCGUCCUCUCGUCCCGGCGUCACCGCGCAGGAGCGCACUGCUGUGUAUCCUCGCUGACCGAGGUGGUUGGGGUGGUUCAGAGCUAGUCCUGGCUUAAGCGUGCCCGGGGGUGCUGAUGCUGCUCAGGACAGGAAUCACUGCUGUCCGCGUCCCUCCGGCCGGGCCGGCAUCGCUCCGUGCCCACGCGGAGGCUUUUCCUGUGGAUUCCUGGGAGCGGCCUGAGCAGCCCCCAACGCCGGCCCGCGUCAAGCUGCCGCUCCCGCGCGGAGCCGCUCGUCGCCCCCGCCCCGCCCCGCCCCGCCCCGCGAGGAUGUGACGCCGCCGGGGCCGCCCCUCGCGGGCGCGGCUCUGAAAUAGCGCUCGGCCGCCGCCGCCGGGCAGCCAGAGUCGCGGAGCUGCGCGGCCAUGCCCGCUCCCACCACGCCCCGCAGCCUGACCGCCGCUGCCCCCGCCGAUAAGGCCAAGCUCACGCACCCCGGCAAGGCCAUCCUGGCAGGUGGCCUGGCUGGAGGGAUUGAGAUCUGCAUCACAUUCCCUACCGAGUAUGUGAAGACACAGCUGCAGCUGGAUGAGAAGGCAAACCCUCCCCACUACAAGGGCAUUGGGGACUGUGUGAAGCAGACUGUCCGUGACCAUGGCAUCCGGGGGCUCUACCGGGGGCUCAGCUCGCUGCUGUAUGGUUCCAUCCCCAAGGCUGCUGUCAGGUUUGGGAUGUUCGAGUUCCUCAGCAACCAGAUGAGAGAUGAGCAGGGGCGGCUGGACAGCACGCGGGGCCUCAUCUGCGGGCUGGGGGCUGGCGUGGCCGAGGCUGUGGCUGUGGUCUGCCCUAUGGAGACUGUGAAGGUGAAGUUUAUCCAUGACCAGACCUCUCCCAACCCCAAAUACCGUGGUUUCUUCCAUGGCGUCCGGGAGAUCGUUCGGGAACAGGGACUGAAGGGGACCUACCAGGGCUUAACUGCAACUGUCCUCAAGCAAGGAUCAAACCAGGCCAUCCGCUUCUUCGUCAUGACCUCCCUCAAGAACUGGUACAAAGGGGACAAUCCCAACAAGGCCAUGAACCCCUUCAUAACAGGGGUGUUUGGAGCCAUUGCUGGAGCUGCGAGUGUCUUUGGCAACACGCCUUUGGACGUGGUGAAGACCAGGAUGCAGGGGCUGGAAGCACACAAGUACAAGAACACCUGGGACUGUGCCUACCAGAUCAUGAAGCACGAAGGGCCCCUGGCGUUUUACAAGGGUACAGUGCCUCGCUUGGGCCGUGUGUGUCUUGACGUGGCCAUCGUCUUCAUCAUCUACGAUGAGGUGGUCAAAUUCCUCAACAAGGUGUGGAAAACGGACUGAGGAGCCGGGCCAGGCAGCCCGGCCUCCUGUGCCCCGCAGGGCUUCAGCUGGAGAGCAGAGACCAAACCCACACCCACCUGCGGCGCUGCUGGGGCCAGGUCUGCCCUGCACACCCCAAACCUGGCCACCUUUAUCCUUAGGAACAGCUCUGGAGCAGGUUAAAUUACUAGUUGUGUGCUGAAAGGAGCAUAGGGAGCUCCCACCAUCCCAACCCCCAGCAUCCCGGUCAUGCCCAACCCAGUCUCCCGGUGACACUUUCUUCCAGCCCCACAUCAGCUGUGUGUGCUGGUUAACCAGGCUGAGAUGUCCCUCAGACAGUGGCGUUGGGGCUCCCAGCAGCCAGGAGCUCCUGACUGCCUGGGGAGCAGCUCUUUUGGGGGUUUUGACAGCCCCCUCAUUGGGUACAAUGCCAAGCUGUACAUCACAAGCUGACUAUGGGGCUGAUGCCACUGGCAGGAUUACAGCAGCUCUUGGAGGGGGCUCAGCAGCCCUGCACCCCCUGGGAUGGGAGGGCAGUGACCCCCUGGUGUGACCCCAAGUUCCCUCCUCCCUCUUUGCCAGCAACCAAGACCACUGGUGUUCAACAUCCCAUGGGAUCCUGCUCAGCCCCAAGCUGCUGAGCAGCAGUUGCCCCAGAUUGCACAUACAGCCAGGCCUUUAGUUCUGCUCUCUGGGCUGGGGUUGGGUUGAGCUGGGUGCCACCUCAGCUGCGUUUACAGCCGAGGAGUGUGUGCCAGCCGGGGCAGGACAGUGACCUCACACAGCCCCAUGCCGCAGGCUUGGCCCCUCGGCCAGGGGUGCAAACCCCUUUCUUCUGCCACAUUCCCUGCAUCUGCCCUCCUGCCGCCUCUCUGUGGUGCUGUAGGUGAUCCUGUAGCUUUUGGAGCUUCACGCUGACUCACUAACACGCAUGGCCAUGGGGCUGGAGCCCUGCCCUGCCCGUGCCGGGCUGGCCCCACUGGAUUUGUGCCAAAUUUCUCCCUGAGGGAGCUGGGGGUGGAGGAGCCAGGGCUCAACCCAUCCCUCCUCCCUCUUGUAGCCAGCGAUGAGCUCAGCCUUAACACAGGAAGGGUGAAGGAGGAAAGCCUGGGCGCAGUUUACCUGCAGCUUUCAGCUCUGAAGCCAGUGAGGGUUGCAUUAGGUUUUUUUUAUUAUUAUUGUUUUACAUUCGCAAUUUGAAUAAAAUCAGUCUGGCUUUAGCAGCUGCA